AUGACUGAACACAAAGGACCAUGCCUCUUCCAGAAACCAUGUUUUGUGCUGAGCAGAUCAGAAUCCCCCCUGAGCUACCUAAUAUUCUGAAGGAAUUCACCAAAGCUGCUGUUAGGACUCAACCUCAUGAUGUUUUGCAGUGGUCAGCUGCGUAUUUUUCAGCGUUGUCAAAAGGUGAGACCCUUCCUGUGAAGGAGAGGCUGGAAAUGCCUUUAGCAAUAGAGAAAACGGAUGCUGUUUUGACCAAAGGACUCCUUAAAGUCUUGCACAAACAGCUUUCUCCCAAAGGCAUGGUGAAUGUUGCAGAACUGAAGGAGAAAUGGAAGCACUUGUGCUUGCCAGAGAAGCAGCUGGAGGCUAUCCUGCAGUUGGACAACUUCGGCAAGGAGGUGGAAUGGAUGAAGUUUCUGGCACUUGGGUGCAGCGUGCUUGGCAAGUCCUUGCUGAGUUCAGUGAAACAUGCCUGUGAAAUCUUAACAAAGGACCCAGAAGGUGGAGCAGCUCGCAUACCCUUCGAAACAUUCUCAUUUCUUUACCUGUAUUUGGCCAGCAUUGAUGGAGAGAUACCAAAGGAGGAAGUUGAAGUCUUCCUCCACAAAAUUAAAGAGGAAGCUGACAAACAAUCUGGCAUGGUGCUGCUCAGAAACUUUUUGAGCCAGGCCUCAACACUGUUUUGAUCAAGCCCACUCUUCAUCAUUGGACAAUGCUACAGCUGCCUGAUUCAGAAGCAGACUUCAGCUGUCACCAUGUCUGCUCACCUCUCUCUUUUUCUCCGAGAAUCCUUGUCUUUGCCUCUUUCACGACUCCUCCUUCGUUUACUUGGACUCCUGCUGCUCUCUCUCCUAUGCCUGGUGCAUUCAGUUUCUUUGGAGCUUCCUCCCGACUGCCGGGAGUCCACUGAAGCUGACCGCCUGUCUUCCUUCCUGAAACAAAGGUUAUUGAGUCUGUUCAAUAAAAACUGUUUCACAGUCA